GUGUCUUUGCAUUGAAAUUAGGGGUGUCAUGUGAUGUCAUGUGCCAGCGCAGCAUUGUACUGCAGAAAGGGUUUCUUCUUCACAGGGAUUGUAUAAAGUAGAGUUGCUGUGAUGGCUGAGAGGCAGCUCAAGAUUAAGACUGGAGUAGUUAAGAGGCUCUUCAAGGAGAAGCAAAUGUAUGAAAAAGAGGUGGUAGAUCAGGAAGAAAAAGUCGAGAAGAUGAAAGUAGACGGAAAAGACGAAUACGACAUAAAGAAACAGGGUGAGGUACUUCAAGAGUCAAGAAGUAUGGUCCCAGACUGUCAGAGAAGACUUGAGGCAGCUCGCAUUGAUCUGACAAGAUGCGUAGAGAGUUAUGAUGAGGAUUUGAAGGAGACAGCAACAUACAAAGCCGCCCAAGAAAUAUUGGCAACAGUGCCUGCUUAGCAAGCACUGUAAUAUUACACUAUGUAUAAUUAUCAUCAUGUGAUUUAACAUA